GAUUACGUAUCUUGUAAGGCACCACAUGCAAAACAGUUAAACAAUCUUUCAAAUUGAUUCAAAAGUAUAUUCCAUAAAUUUCAGUGAUGUAUGCCUGUAAUAUUUGAUAAAGUUGUUAUGCUUACAGUACGAGUAUUAGGUAAAUAAUGAGCUUCAAUUACAAAGGGGAGUAUCUUAAUCUGCUAGUGAUACUGGGUACUGAAUUUGCUCAGCAAGUGUAAUUCAUCAACUGUUAUCUGUGAAGUACAUUUAUGCAGCAAGAGUACAACAGAACUACACCUGGUGAACGUGCAGGAACCUGAGCAGCAAUCAUUGACCAGGGGCAACUGCCUGCUGGUGGAAGAGGACGGAGAAGAGAAAGGGGAGUUGGGAUGCGUGGUAGUUUAGUGUGGGCAGAACGGGGGAAAAGGCAGAAGAAAGUAACCAACCUUUCCUCAAUGAGAUAAGGGCCACCAUGGUGGACCAGGUGAUUAAUCAUGACCUUAGAGCAGAAGCUAGUACUUUGUAUAGAGUGUAUAACUUGCCCUAUAAAAUUAACUCAUGUCUGAGAAGCAAAUAAUUACACCAAUGAAUUAGUUAGUGCUACUAAAGUGAAAAGUUCGAUCAGCAUUGUUUUAACCCUGAGAGUCAAAAUGCUUAGAUGUACUGUCCGUAGGCCUAUGUCAGUGUGAGUAUGCUACCGAGCUGCACUAUUCUGAAUGAUAGUCCAUUCCAACUUCCUCACUGUCACUGACUUAUCAUUUUUCUUAUUUUGGAUAAGUUGCAGGCUUUUGUAGCUAAACCAUAACGUUGUGCAAUAUACAUGAACUGUUUUGAGAAAUGCUCUUGUAGUCAAGAGAAUAUUAGGUAGGUUUCAUAAAAUGUGCCUAUGCCGGAUAAACUGGUGCUUGGCUGCCCUCUACUGUUCACUUUUAUACGUUACCAUCAGAAUAUCGGUCAGCGUCCUUUGUUUAGGUGGAACGCUAGUGAGUCGUGACAGAAGCUUCUGGAUAUAGAAUAGAGGGAAGUUUUUACAUACUCCAACUUGCUUUCAUGAAAUACACAGACACGUGUAUAUUAUUGGAGCAGAAGACAGAGUCAUCAGUGUCCAGCACCCCUGCAGUAGGUGGGGUACAGGGUGAUAUGAUCACAUAAAUCCUACCAGGCGCGAGUACAGAUCUGAGCUACCUAUAUAAGCCCAAGCAACAGUAUCAUAUGUAAUUUCCCCUUACUUAUCCAGACGAAGUCUUUGGUAAAUACACAAAAUGCAAUAUUUUUAAUAAACACAAAACGCGUACUGUUAUUUUGCAUGCACACGAAGAUUGUCAAGUAAGUGCCAUUGAAUUUUAAUAAACACGUUGGAAAAAAUAGCGAAGUAUUUAACGGCAAGUAUUUUGAGCCAUUUUGCACACCAUAGCUUAUGAAUCGUCACGUGGGUGUAGCCGGAACAGCGGAACAAUGAGUUACCGCUUCAAGGAAGAAAUAUGGUGGGCAGUAAUAAGUGUGAGUGAGUCUUUGAUCACGACCCUGUCUUUAUACAUGUGAAAUUACAGGUGUAUUUGUUACGUGUCGCUUUCAUGGCUGCAUCUAAGAAGUGACAGGUUUAUGGAUCUGAGUGGUUCAUUGAGGUGGUGGCAGCGCAGCUCCCACCUUGACUUCUGAUGACAACCUGCGAGUGAGCUGUCUUACGGCAGUUUUUAACACGAUGCCAUGGGAAACUGCUGGACUGAAUGCUGUGGCAUUUUUAGAAGAGAGGCCAGUAGAAUCCAUCGAGGAGGGGGGUCGAAGUACUUCAGAAGUAGCACCACUGGGGAACAUUACACUAUAGAGUUUGAAAAUCUUGUGGAGAGUGAUGAGGCAGAAAGUCCUAGAGGUACCCAGAGGCCUAUCAAUGAGGAUGAGAUCACCUACCUGAGAGAGAACCGCUAUGCCGCUAUCACUGACAAGCAGCUGCUGAUUGACGGAAAGCUCCAAGCUGAGUUGGUGAGAGACAAAGCAGACACUGAAAGCCAUGGAGAGCAUCAUAAAAUGACGGCCGGUAUGGGUGAUGGGGAGACGUGCCCCAGAAACACGAAGGCCCCAUUAGAGCAGUUUCGGAGCAGCCGGGUUUCCUCUGAGACGAACGCUGUCACACCCAACACAGAGAGCAGCUAUGACUUCACUACCAGGACACGCUCCACCAAUGAUGAUGGCACCUCUUUGGACCUGGAGUGGGAGGAUGAGGAGGGAAUGGUGCGAGGGCUGGUGGUGUGUGAGCGCUCCCGCACUGAGGAGGACAUCCUGCGGGCGGCGCUGCUGCCAGGGAGAGGCCAGGCCGCCAGCGGCCCGGCUUCUGCCUCGGAGGACUCCAACACGCUGGAGUGGGAGAAUGACUUCGUGCGGACACAUGCUGAAGACACGGGCGACUCGGAAAGCAAUGGCUUCUCCACUAUGCUGCUGGAAACCCCCCCAGGGAAUCCUGACAAUACCUCAGUUUCAGACAGUCAGGACAGAUAGUCUUGGCUUGGACAGGAUGGGGAAAAAGUCUGGCAUUGAUUCAUAAAUCUUCAGUUCAGGUUCAUUGACACAUCUGCUGACAGUAGCUGUUUGGUGAUGUGAUUGCACCCAGUUUGGAGAUGUUUUUGGGUGAUUUAUUAGAUAGCCCUGCUAGAUGUUACAACAUGAAACCCCAGCCCACAACAUCAAUCGGAUUUUAUUAUUCAGAGUUUGCAUUUUUAUCACUUAUUAGGAACGAUGCUUGUUCAUUGUUUGUUCUUAUUCUCACUGGCCAUCCUUUCAGUAUUUUAUUUAAUUCAGCCUAUUUUUUUGCCAGUGGACAGGGAACAGAAUCUGCCUUUAUGGUUUUCAUAUGACCUAUGUUUCCCAUACAGGUCUUUUUGAGUCAAGUGCAAUUUGUAGCUCAGUUGUAGUUGUGAGGCUGUAUUGGUCCUGUAUUCACCUUAAAAUCCACACAAGGAGACCCUGAGGGGCCCAUUACUGUGAACAUACAAGAAGCGAUGGACAAGUCAACUGUGCACCCAUAAUUGGGACACAGUUUCAUUUUAUUCAAAGCUGAAGCCACACCUAAAUUCUCAGCCCUGCACAAUCCCUCCUCCAGCUUUCCUCCAUGAACACAGAGAGGGUGGCAAGAGAAGCAUCAACACUUUUGUACACUAGCAAUUUUCUACUUUUCAUUUGAAUUCAGGGAUGUGCACACAUUUUUUAAUCUCCUGUAAUUCUCUCCUCUUAUUUGCCAUCACUGUCACUGAAAACCUCUGCAAAUAUCUAUUUUGCCGUGUCCUGCAGGGGUCAGUUUUGACGUAGAGUAACAAAAGUUUGAUCUAUUUUUAUUAUUUAUUUAAUUUAUUCUUAUUUUGUGAAGAAGGAGGGCAUGUUGAAUGGGCCUUUGGUUUCUUGUGGUUGCCUGCUACCUUCAGUGGUGAAAUACAAGGAAGUAACCUUCUGUUUGUAUGAUUUCUGAGCCAUGGUAUAUGAGAAAUGUCCUCACCUGUACGUAGUAUGAGUGGCUUGCAUUGAAAGCUUGAAGUAUGCUUAUAGUGAAGAGCUUUAGCUGCUGCUUGAUAUCAGUCUUGAUCACCAGCAAUAAGCUGAACCAGAUUCUUUUUGCUCUGCUUUGUAGCAACAUCAACACAAGUGAUCUUUAAAAAAAACAGAGGCUUAGAAAGCCUUUUGUCUACAUUCCUUGCUAGAGCCAAGAAGGCAAUGUCACAUGGUCACAUCACUUUCCAUUUUCACUAACUGCUAAUUAAAUUAAGGUGAUUGACACCCUAAACUUAUAACUUAUCCAAGGCAACAGCAAGUUACAACCCUAGAUGGCAAAGGAAAGCUUGGAAUUGCCAGUUCAGCUGGACUGCAUGUCUCUGGGUGUGGAGCCAGAGUGACUCACCUCAGAUCUUGCUGUGACUCCUGAUGGGUGUCUGGGACUCCGUAUAUUGAGCAUGCAUUAUAGGAGUCCUUACCCUCUGGCCGAACUGGUACUGUUGAAGGUCAGACACAGUCCUAUCGGACUGGCUGAUGCUUGUAAAUAGUCUCGUGUGCACUAAAAUGAACAAUACUCAGUUUGACAAAAUUUCCAUAAACAUGUUCCUUUUUCAGUUGAAUGUGCUAGUGUGUUUUAUAAGCAACUGAGCCUUGAUAUGUUUACUUUAGGACACUGGAUAAAAAAAAAAUAGUCCAGUGUUCAUUUUGUAUGUGUUUUGUCUAUGGCUACAAUCCAAAGUUGUUGUCCAUUAAGUCGGUCAUAUUAUGCAUUUAUGUCAUUCCAAAGUGGUACUUGGUAUAUGUAUGGACAGGGGAGACCGCUAAAGGUGUAAAGUCCUUAAGACAUGAGGUGAACUUUAGCACAACUUUUGGUUCAUAUGAGUUUUUGGUUAGUUUUUAUGGAAAGCAAACUCUGGCUUAAAUUUACGAUUUGAAAUAAGGAUUUUAUUUGUAGUUCGGAAUUGAAUGGAUGUAUAAUUCUAAUGUCUUAAGUCUUUGUAUACUUACACUUAUGACAGAAUGUCAUGAAACACCCUUAACUCAAGGCCAAUGUUUUGGUAAAAUCCUGGUUGUUCAUUGGUGUGUAAAAGUAGGUGUGGCCAUGGAGAGCCAAUAAGGCCAAGGGUAUUAGUCCUGCUAUAUUUGUUAAAUGUGCAUAGCAUGUUCUAGUAUUACUCAUGAAAAUGUGUAUAAGCCUGUAUUAUGAGGUACUGUGAAGCAGGGUAAGAUAAUAUGUAUCUUCUGUAUGCUUAAGUGUCUUCUAUCCAGGGGGGCUCACUAUCAAAAAGCAGAACACGCAUGGUGUCUGCUGAUCUGGUGCCCACAUUUGACCUCUGACUUGCAAAGGACAGCUUAUAAUAUCAUUUGAUCAACUCAAAUGCCUUAAAAACUGCCGUCGUCUGGUCAAGCAAGGAGAUGACCGCAGGCUGCUGGGUUUCAUGGGAUCAUUAUGAAUUUCAUGUUUGACUAGAAAUGCUGAUAUUGUGCUGAACACUGCUCGCAUGUUAGACUGAAAAUAUAUUCCAAAACGCUCAGCAGGGGCUCUUUCUUGUUUUUUAAGGAAGUGGACCUGUAGACAAGUUUCGAAAACCCCGAAAGGCCAUCACCAUUGCUUGUUUCGGCAAAGUUGUUUUUACUUUAUUUAGUCAAGGAGAGAUCCGCACAUUUAGUUAUGUUGUACCUCCUGCAAAUUAGAGGUUAAGUAAUAAGGGCUUACAUCUGCUUGCUUGGGAUAAGGGUGUCAGAAAUUUAACUGCAUUUGAGCCAGAGUUUUGCCUUUUGUGUACAACGCUAUGCAGGUCAAGAUACAUUUACUUGAACACUUUGGAAAUGUUUGCUCUUGUGCAAUUGAUGAAUAUUAUUUUGAUUCAAUAAUGUUGUGAAACUCUUGAGUUGAAUUUCACUACAAAUAAAAUUUAAAAAUGAUGGAUAUUUGUUUUUAUUUAAUAAUGUUGUGAAGCUCCGUGUUGAAUUUUGCUGCAAAUAAAAUGAAAAAUGAUCCUUUAAGAUG